GGACUAUUUAACUGUUUGCUUACUCAUUUACUCUCUGUCAGAGUAACAAGCUGAUUCUUCUUCAACCGUCACCACUUUCUCUUCUUCCUCUCUUCCUCCUUCUUCUCUUACAAGAAUUAUGCCUAUUGGAAAGAGAUGUGUGUCCCUCAAAUAUAAUAACACCAGAGUUUGCUCCUCCUCCUCCUCUUUAUUGUUUUUGGGCAUUUUCUGGCUUUUCCAAUAUCAAUGGGUAAUCCAAUUAGAAGUCACUUGAAUUCAGAACAAAUGGAAGUGCUGGGAUAGCGAGUACAUCUGGUUUAACCGUGAGGUGGUGGGGUUUUAUUAAAUGUUUUCCCUUUCAUGCCAUUCAGUGCUGCUGCAAUUCCUUUGUCAAAUUGUUUAAGGAAUGCAUCAAACAAAGGGAUCUAUUAUUUGUGUUCAGGUUACAGGAAUCUUCACAUUGUAUACAUGGGAUCACUCCCAAAGAAUAAUUAUUCUCCAACAUCUCACCAUCUUAGUAUGCUGCAACAAAUUACUAAUGAUAACGAUGCAACAAAUCACAUGGUUAGAAGUUAUUAUAAGAGCUUUAAUGGUUUUGCUGCAAUGAUCACUAACCAAGAAAGAGAGAAGCUGAAAAAGAUGGAAGGAGUGAUUUCUGUUUUUCCAAGCAAAUCACUCAAACCACAAACUACAAGGUCUUGGGACUUCAUGGGGUUCAAAGAAUCGAUACAGAGAAACAAAACCGUUGAGAGUGAUGUUAUAAUCGGAGUUAUAGACACCGGAAUCUGGCCGGAGUCAGAGAGCUUCAAUGAUCAUGGUUUCGGUCCAAUUCCCAAAAAGUGGAAAGGCGCAUGCAAAGGUGGUGAAAACUUCAGAUGCAACAAUAAAAUAAUCGGUGCAAGAUACUAUCUAAAAGAUCAAACUUCAGCAAGAGACUUUGUUGGGCAUGGAACUCACACAGCAUCAAUUGCAGCAGGGAAUAAAGUUGUGGGAGCAAGCUUCAAUGGAAUCGCUGAAGGAGUUGCAAGAGGAGGUGUCCCAUCAGCAAGAAUUGCUGCUUAUAGUGUGUGUAAUAAUGAAGAACAAGGGUGCAGACCUGAUGCCAUAUUGGCUGCUUUUGAUGAUGCCAUUGCCGAUGGUGUGGAUCUUAUCACAAUUUCAAUUGGGCAAACUGAGCAAGUGACCUUUGAUAAAGACACCAUAGCAAUUGGAUCGUUUCAUGCAAUGAAAAAAGGGAUCCUCACUAUAAACUCUGCAGGUAACGAUGGUCCUAACACUGCAACAUUUAGUGUAUCACCUUGGUUAUUCACUGUUGCAGCUACCACUAUGGACCGCGUUUUGCUUGGCAAUGGAUUAAUGCCUUUGGGGAAGUCGAUAAAUGGGUUUGCAUCAAAUAGUGCUGAAAUACUGAGUAGUGCAGGCUUCAUAAACAAUAGUGCUCCAAUUGUUGCUGAAUUCUCUUCUGUAGGACCUAAUAUGCAAAUCAGAGAAAUCAUGAAGCCAGAUAUUAGUGCUCCUGGUGUAGACAUUUUGGCUGCUUACUCACCUCUUGCACCACCUUCUCCUGAUAAAAGAGAUAAAAGAUCUGUGAAAUACAACAUACGCUCUGGAACCUCAAUGGCAUGCCCCCAUGUUGCUGGUGCAGCUGCAUAUGUUAAGACUUUUCAUCCUGAUUGGUCUCCGGCAGUUAUAAAGUCUUCUCUUAUGACCACUGCAAAACCAAUGAAUGGAAGUCAACUCGCAGAAUUCUCCUAUGGAUCAGGGUUUUUGGACCCAGUUAGAGCCAUAAAUCCUGGUCUAGUUUUUGAUGCUUCCAAAAAGGACUAUGUGAAAUUGCUUUGCAGAAUUGGGUAUGAUACAAUGGAAGUUCGAAAAAUCUCAGGAGACAAAAGUGUUUGCCCUUCAUCAUCGUCUCAUCAUCAUCUACCAAUGACAAAAGAUUUUAAUUAUCCUGCAAUUGCGGCUGAGAUUGAACCAAAUAAACCAUUUAGGAUUAAUUUCACAAGAACAGUUACAAAUGUUGGAUUCGCCAACUCUACCUAUAAGGUUUACAUCCAACAACCUUCUGGCAUCAACAUCACUGUUGUGCCUAACAUACUCGAGUUUAAAUCUCUCAAGGAGAAACAAUCUUUUGUUGUUCAUGUUGUUGGAGGGAAAUUUAGUGACUACAGUGUAGUUUCAUCGUCACUGUUGUGGAGCGAUGGAACACAUACUGUAAGGUGUCCAAUUAUUUUACGUGUUAUAAAAGGAAAAUGCUACUUUUACAACAAAAUUUAG